CGGUACUAAGUAAAGACUAUUUAGAGGAGAGCUCGCGACUUUCGUUUGUUUAUUUUUGUUGAAUAUUCAAGUGAUGUUACAACUAUAAUCAUCUCAUGUUGAGAACGCUGAUUGGACGGGGGACAAGAGUAGCCAGACUCUAUCCACAUCUACCGAAGACAGCACACAAGACUCAGAUUACAGAUAAAAAAACAAGGCCUGUACUUUUGCAAGUUAGGAUGGCAUCUGGUGGUAAUGGUGGUGAAGGCAGUGGUAGCAGCGCUGUUAAAAGCAACAACCGACUUGCAGACGAGAGAUCACCGUACUUGCUUCAACAUGCAAGCAACCCUGUAGACUGGUACCCAUGGGGUCAAGAAGCCUUUGAUAAAGCUAGAGUGGAAAACAAACUAAUCUUUCUUUCAGUUGGUUACUCAACGUGUCACUGGUGUCAUGUGAUGGAGCGGGAAUCCUUUGAGAAUUCUGACAUUGGAAAGUUAAUGAAUGAACAUUACGUCAGUAUCAAGGUGGACAGAGAGGAAAGGCCUGAUGUUGAUAGGGUCUAUAUGACAUUCAUUCAGGCUACUGCUGGAGGUGGUGGCUGGCCUAUGAGUGUCUGGUUGACCCCUGACCUGAAGCCGCUGAUGGGUGGUACAUAUUUCCCUCCUCAUGAUAGAUUUGGCAGACCAGGCUUUGGAACAAUACUUCAGACAAUAGCAAGACAGUGGAGGGAAAACAGAGGAGCCCUUGAACAACAAAGCACUAAGAUCAUUGAAGCUCUUCAGGCAGCAGUGCAAGUCAAAUCCACAGAUGACCCCUCACCCUUAAAGUCAGAGGUGUCAGAGAAAUGCUUCAAACAGCUCACUGAAAGCUUUGAUGACCAGUUUGGAGGGUUUGGGGGAGCUCCUAAAUUUCCUCAGCCAGUGAACUUCAACUUCCUGUUCAGACUGUAUGGAAGUAAUAGAGACGGUGAUAUGGGUCAGAGGUCACUCGAAAUGUGUGUUCAUACUCUAAAGAUGAUGGCCAGGGGCGGGAUACAUGAUCAUGUCAGUCAGGGAUUCCAUCGCUACUCCACUGAUCGUUUCUGGCAUGUUCCUCACUUUGAGAAAAUGCUGUAUGAUCAGGGACAACUAGCUGUUGCAUAUCUAGAUGCAUAUCAGAUCACCAAAGAGUCUGUGUUUGCUGAAGUGGCCCGUGAUAUCCUUGAAUAUGUUGGUCGAGAUCUGAGUGACAAGGCAGGUGGGUUUUACAGUGCAGAAGAUGCUGACUCUUUGCCAACAGCUGACGAAACUCACAAGAAAGAGGGCGCUUUCUGCGUGUGGACAGAUACAGAAGUCAGGACGCAUCUGAGUGAUAAAGUGGAAGGAUCAGACACCGUAACAUUAGCUGAUGUGUUCUGCAUGCACUAUGGCAUUAAACCAGCUGGCAAUGUGGACUUUGAACAGGACCCACAUGGGGAGUUGAAAGAGCAGAACGUCCUCAUCGCUCGAGGUGGCCUGGAGUCUACAGCAUCGAUGCUUGGCCUGGACGAGGGGACAGUCCAGGGCGCAUUAGAUAAAUCUAGGAAAAUAUUGCAUGAGAUCAGGUUAGGGCGCCCUCGCCCUCAUCUUGAUGAUAAAAUGCUGACUGCAUGGAACGGAUUAAUGGUGUCUGGGUUUUCAAGGGCAGGGCAGGUCCUCCAGUCACCGGAGUUUACUCAGAGAGCAGAAGAAGCAGCAACUUUCAUCAAGCAACAUCUAUACGAUCCAUCAACAGGAUGCCUACUGAGGAGUGCAUAUAGGAACAAAGAUGGAGACAUCGCUCAAAUCCCCAGUCCAAUCCAGGGAUUCGUGGAUGACUACUGUUUCUUGAUCAGAGGCCUGUUGGAUCUGUAUGAAGCUAAUUAUGAUGAGCAAUGGGUGGAAUGGGCGAGUCAGCUCCAGGAGAAGCUUGAUGAGUUGCUAUGGGAUACCGAGAAUGGAGGAUACUUCUCUACCACCGAUAAGGACUCCUCCAUCCUGUUAAGAUUAAAGGAAGACCAAGAUGGUGCAGAACCAAGUGCUAACUCUGUUGCCUGUUUGAAUCUGCUGAGGCUGUCUAACUAUUUGAACAGACCAGACUAUCAAGAUAAGGCUGCCAAGCUCUUCUCUGUCUUUGGGGAACGGUUGAAGAAGAUACCCAUAGCCUUGCCAGAGAUGGCAUCAGCGUUGUUAAGUCAGGGGACCACCGCUAAACAGAUAAUCAUAUGUGGAGACCGUCAAGGCCAAGACACCAGGAAACUCCUCCAGUGUGUCCAUUCUCACUACCUUCCAAACAAAAUCAUCAUCCUCACUGAUGAAGGCCACACAUCCAACUUCCUAUCAUCCCAUCUUGACAUCCUAAAGACGUUGAAGAGAAUGGAUGGGAAGGCUACGGCUUAUGUCUGCGAGAAUUACCAGUGCCAACUGCCUGUCAACAAUGUGGGUGAACUUGAGGACCUCCUGAAGAAAUGAAAUACGUCAGCCUUGCUGCUGUAAAAAGGUAUUCAAAGGCUUCUGUAGAUGCUGUUCAGAGACAUUUAAAGACUUCUAGAUGCUGUUGAAAGGCAUUCAAAGACUUCUGUGGAUGCUGUUGAAAGGCAUUGAUAGGCUUCUCUAGAUGCUCUUCAAUGGUAUUCAAAGACUUCUCUAGAUGCUGUUGAAAGGCAUUCAAAGACUUCUCUAGAUGCCAUUUAAAGGCAUUCAAAGACUUCUGUAGAUGCCAUUCAAAGGCAUUCAAGGACUUCUGUAGAUGCCAUUCAAAGGCAUUCAAAGACUUCUCUAGAUGCCAUCCAAAGGCAUUCAAAGGAGUGGUUUCUCUACCAAGAUGGAGAGGGCAAGUGUAAAUUUAUAUCUUGCAAAAUGUUAAAUGCCACAGUGGGAGCUGAAUUGAGACAAGGAGAAGUAAGAAUUGUCGUCUCACCAACAAUCUCCUCGUUUUACUCCUUCAUAUCAGUUUUCUUCUUCACCGCUUCCUCUCCUUCUUCCCUUCCUCCUCCUCCCCCUCCAUCACCUCUCCUCUUCUCUUUCUCCUCCAUCUCUUUUUUAUUUUGCCUUCUUUUUUAUCCGAUUACUCUUCAUUCCUCUCAGUGUUGAAUAUAAAAUUUAGUGAUAAUUAUCAUGCCUUGUACAAGUAGCAAUGAAAUAUGAAUUAAUUCAAUAAAGAUGAUCAUGUGUUAUGAAAUCUUAAUGCUAAUGUGGAAUCUCUAUCUCUAUCAGCUUAAGAGAUAAUUUCACUAAAAGAUAUUGAAAUGAAAGUUAUUGGCCGAUAUUCUGAAGUCCGGUUUAACUUAGCCAUGGGGUGAUUUCAAGUUCAGUGUUGGCCUUUUGGUGUUGGUAUUAGGUCAAUUUUUACAAGAUUAUAACACCAAUUAUAGAAUGUAGAUGGUCCCUAAAAGUCACUCGCUAGCUGUUGAGAUGUCAAUAAUGUGAUCUGGAUCCUUUUACAAACUCUAAAUAGGUUUUGGAGCUAGGGAAAGCAAUCAAAAUUUAAACACCAACACCAACACCAAGGCCAACACCGGACUUGAAAUCACCCGUGGUCUUACUCUGUUGUUAGACUUGGUUGUUUUCAAAGACAGCAGUGCUGCUAUAUUGAUUCGUGUAAUGCAUGUGAGACAAGACAGCCAGAUGCAUUCUAAUUGUUUCUAAUUGACACCACCUAAAGACAAAGACCUGCCAUGCUCUAGCCUGUUAUUGAUUAAAUUUGUUAGCAAACACAUUUAGGAUAUGUAUCAUAAAACUUUAAUCAUCAAACAUCCAUUACAAGAGGAUCAUACUAUACAGAGAAAACGGCCAUCAUAUCACAGAUUUUAAUAUGUUUUUAAUGAGUAUAGAUAAUUGUCAUUCAGUCCGUCCCAGGUCCAACCUCUCUUAUCUGGACACGUUGGGACAGCACCAAUCCUGAUAAGGGAUUUAUCAGGAUCUGGUGGACCCAAUAUUAAAUACAUGCAGCUGCCUCCACAAUGAUAGCUACACUAUUGUAGUGGGCAUACACAGACAGUAUUUCACUACUUUUUGCGGAAAUGAGAUCAAUGGGUAGCCAAAACUUUUGGAUAAUUUACCUGCUGAAAUGAUUGAGGAAUACAUCGAGCAUACCUUGAAAGACUCGAAACAAAGUUUGAAAAUUGGAUCAUCACAGCUUCGCAAAGUCAGCCGUUUGUUAUAUAAUGACUGUAGGCUCAAACAUGAUAGAUGGCGCUGUCAGUAAUGUAAGACGACGCCUGAGCGAGAGGUGUUCCCCCCAAAAAAAAAGAAAAAGAAAAAAAAAGAAAUGCACAAUAGAUCUGUGAAUGGUUGCACUGUACUGGAAAAUUAUCCAGUCUAAGUUCUUUCAGUGAUAAGGGUAAGAUAUUUUCAUAAAAAAAUAAUGUGGUUGUACAUAUUGGUAGGCUAUAUUGGAAAAUGUAAGUAAUCAAAGUGAGUUUGCAUAUGAAUUUUGAUUUUAAAUUGAAAUCUCAUUUCCCCUACAAACUAGAUUGAGACAAAAUAGAAAAUCUCUGCAAGUGUGUGUUCGGAUACUAGAAAGAUCUGGAUUAGUGGAGGCUGGAUAAGAGAGGUCGGACUGUAUAUUAUCAUGUGCUUGAAAACAUUAACACUUCUUCUUUUGAUUUGCAAAGUUCUUGAAUUAUCGUUAAAUCUUGUUCUUCCAAUAUGUUUGACCUAAUUUUCAUAAUCUUUAUUUGACAUGUAAUGUGUUUUUUUUGUUCCAUUUUUAACACCAUUGGCAUUAAGCCU